AUGGUUUACCACACAUUUGAUGACAAACUUUACUCCUGGUAUCAACGUUGCGUGCUCCUGUUCUUUGAGCCUUUUGUUACCAAGAAGAUUUAUUUCUAUGGAGAUCACGAUUACGUGAAACGGAAAGAAAAUGUGCUGUUCAUGUGCAAUCACCAGUCAUCAGUUGACUGGGUAAUAUGCAACAUGAUUAUCGCUCGUCAGGGAGGCAUUGGCCGUCUUCGAUUUAUUCUGCUCAAUAUGCUGAAGUACAUUCCGGUCUUUGGAUAUUACUUUUACCAGCACUGUUUUAUCUUUGUGAAUCGGGAUAACUUCGCCGUACACAGGGCAGUUGCAACCAUGGAUUAUAUAAAGGAAAAGGAGCUUUCGUGCUGGGUGGUGACUUUUCCCGAAGUCGAUCGUUACAAUCCCGAGAAACCCAGACUCAUACAAGAAAGCCGUAGCUUUGCGAAGUCCAAGGGUCUUCCAACCUUCGACUAUCAUCUGACGCCACGCGUUCGCGGAGUGGAAGUUGUAAUAAAUAACAUGCGCACUCACCUGGAUGCCGUCUAUGAUGUCACGGUUGUUUUCGGUGACGAGAACGGGCGCUGUCUGGACAAAAAGAGGCCCAUGCCCGGCCUGUUCUGUAAGUUUUGA